AUGGAAGAAAUUAAUGAUGAAAGAUUGAAGGUCAGCAAAAAAAGAAUUCCGAAGUUACCGCAUGAUAUAGCUGUAGAGGUCACCAAGGGACAACAAUUGAAGCAUGUGGAAAUUAGCGAAAAAAGUAUUUUACCCACAGCUCAUGACAUUCGUCAGGAAAAGAUCGAUCGUGAAUUGAAAGAGGAAAUUAGAAUGCAUGAUCGUGGUAAACUACGACAUGCGGAUAUUGUUGAAAAGAAUAUUCUUCCAAAACCAGAAGAUAUGUAUCGAGAAAAAGUAGAUGAAAAUUUGAAAGGAGAAAUAAAGAUACACGAUACAAGUAAACUCCGUCAUGCUGAAAUUGUUGAAAAAAAUGUAUUGCCGACACCUGCUGACAUAGCUCGCGAAAAAGUACCAUCGCUGAUCGCAAAUUUCGAUACAGAAAAGUUGAAACAUGUGGAUCCGAUUGUAAAAAUAGCGCUUCCAUCUGCCGAUGAUGUUGUUCGAGAGCAAAAAGAACUGAAAACCGAAUCAGGUGAUGGUAACCGGAUGAAGCAUAGUUAA